AUGCCUGGGAGUAGUAAAGGGGAGAGGGGUACCGGGCCGGCUGUGAAGUCUCCCCGGACCCCGAAGUGCUCCCGCUGCAGGAACCACGGUUUCGAUGUGCGCCUGAAGGGGCACGGCGCCUGCAGCUGGCGCCGGUGCCAGUGCCCCAAGUGCUACCUGAUCGCCGAGCGGCAGCGCAUCAUGGCAGCGCAGAAGGCGCUCCGCAAGCAGCAGCAGCGGGAGGAGGAGGAGGAGGAGCCCAGCCACAGCAGCGCUAGCCCGGAGCAAGGCAGCGGGCAGCUCCCCAGCGCAGAGCCGCCACAGGGAGAGCGCUCUGUCCCAGACAGGCGUGGCCCCUCACUCGGCCAGGACGGGAGACAGGCCACUGGCGACCGGAAAGACACUCCCCUUGCCCAUGUGCUGCACACCUCUGGCUCUUUCGAUCAUCCUGCUUUAUACCAGGAGGUUUCCACCACCAGUAAAGAGCAAGCAGAGAGGAAUUCUAUGAGUGGUGGCUUUUACCGGAAUAUCUUGCCACCGAAGCUGUAUACAGGAUAUUGCAGUAGUGUCUACAGUUAUCACCCCUUCUCCAUGGGCUUUCCAAUGAACCAAGCAGGAUACAAAGGAGCUCCCAUGCCAACUGGGAUGUGUGCCUCAAGAGGCAGCUUCAGGCCAGUCCAAGGAAGCCUUGGAGCAUUCCAUCCAAACCCCAUGUUGAUGCGAGAUAAUGGUUGUGGACUGCACUCACCUUAUUAUUCACCACCUCCAUUUCUUGGUUCAAGAUUGUUCUCAGGGCCCCCUUACAUACCCCCACUCAUGGCACCAAGAGCCAAUGAAACCGCUGGUGAAAUUGAAGUAACCGCAGAGACAGCCACUGACAGCCAGGAUUCAGGGAUGAUCUGUCUUGGAAGUCAAAGUUCUUCUCAGGAAAGCAAUUGAUUCCUGGCAAAUAAGUAUUUGGGAAGCAAAGCUCCCUUCCAGUUUGACUGCAGAUUCCCUGUUACCUGUGCAUGUUAGCAAUAUUUACUUGUUGAAGUGUUCUCCCUGCAAUGAAUGCCUUAAAGCUGCUCUUUGCCACUGCCCACUCUCCCCAAAUGGUUUUUAAACAUUUACUGAAUAAUAUUUUCAGGUAAAACACAAUUUUAUAUCCCUGGAGAUUUGUAGAAAUGUAACAGUCAAACUCUGACUAGCAUUUACCUCUUGCCCAUUACUAUCCCAUCCUAAAGUUCUACUUUAAAAUUCUUUACUUAUAACUUUGUGUUGUGUGGAAUCCUGUUAUUACUCAGAAGUAACCCUUCAUAUAACAAGAAAGCCUGCGCUAUCUGAUUGCUUUUGUCAAGAGAACAAAAUGAUUGUGGCCCCUAAUCAAUAAUUUGGUCAUCACUCAUGGUGAAGCCAAACCUAGCAAUUUCACACUUGGCUGACUUUUACCGAACUUAUGUAGCCUUGUAGUAUUACAGUUAUGAUGUAUUGUUUUAUACAAAGAAUCCUGGAUGAUCUAAAUGGAUAUAUCAAAGAAAUUUACAACCAGUUUCUCUACACCAACAUGCAGUUCGUCAAGUACAGACUGAAUUGAAUUUUCCACAGGAUUGAUUUUAUUUCUUUCUGGUUCGCUCUGCACUUUGCUUGGAACGAAUCUAGUGGUUGUGAUUUGUGGCAUAUUGUGGCAUAAUCAGUAAUUAAUAUGUCAAUAAACAGUAAGUGUUUUGAAACGCUUGACCAGUGACUGACACAAGCUCUGGAAGUAGCCAAGAAAAUUGUAUUAUUUUAGCUUAAUGUGAAAAAUGUUUCCAUCCAACAUUAGCACUGAUAUCAUAGCAUGAGAUCCUUUAUUAUUUCCCUGUAGUAAUAUUAGCCAUUUAUCAUAGAAAGGAAGAAAACCGAAUGCUGUUCCUUCAAAUAUUUGAACUUUUAAUAAAAGUCUUGUCAUUUGUGGACUGUUCACUCU